UCGGUGGGCAGUGCUUGCAGAAGGCAGUAGUGAAUUGUAGAAACUGAGAGGGUGCUCUCCAGUGUAAGAUUCGGUGCUUGCGUGCGUGCUUGGUAUUAUUAUUUCUUUUUGGUAAAUAAGCGAUCAGUACAGUUAAUUGGACCUGGAACCGGGAGCUGCGGGUGUGUGCAGUGACAGUCAUGGGUUUCCGAAAGAAGAACAAAAGCCCGCCGGUCCUUAGCCACGAGUUCGUGAUCCAGAACCACGCUGAUAUGGUGUCUUGCGUGGCCAUGGCCAUUCUGCUGGGACUCAUGUUUGAGGUAACAGCAAAGUAUGCCAUCAUGUUUAUCACUGUCCAAUACAAUGUUACAUACACUGACUAUAGAUCUGAACCGAUAAACUUCUAUGACUAUGGACCAAAAGAUUUCGCUACUAUUUUCUUCUACAUGCUGGUAGCCAUCAUUCUUCAUGCCUUGAUCCAGGAGUACAUUCUUGACAAAGUUAACAGACGGCUUCAUUUAUCCAAAACCAAGCACAGCAAAUUCAAUGAAUCUGGUCAGCUUGCUGCCUUUUAUUUAUUUUCCUUCAUCUGGGGGACCAGCAUCCUUACUGCAGAGGAAUUUGUUUUGAACCCUACUCUCUUGUGGGAGGGAUACCCAUAUUUACAUAUGUUCUUUCAGGUAAAAUUCUUCUACAUUUGCCAGAUUGCCUACUGGCUUCAUGCACUGCCUGAACUCUACUUUCAGAAAGUUCGAAAGGAGGAUAUUCCUCGGCAGCUGAACUAUAUUUGCCUUAAUGUUUUCCAUAUUGCUGGUGCCUAUAUAUUAAAUCUUCACCGCCUUGGCCUGACGUUGCUCGUGCCACAUUGCCUGGUGGAACUGCUGUUCCACGCCUCUCGACUUUUCUACUUUAGUGAUGAAAACAAGCAAAAGGGGUUUACACUCUGGGCCCUGCUGUUUGUAAUGGCUCGUCUCCUCACCCUCACUUUCUCUGUUCUCACUUUUGGCUUUGGUCUCGCUCGCUCAGAAAACAAGGGAUUUUCUAUCUCCGAGGGGAACUUUAAUGUUCUGACUGUCAGGAUUGGCUGUUUGGCUGCUGUUUGUCUGACACAGGCUUGGAUGAUGUGGAAGUUCAUAAAUUUCCAGUUGAAGAAAUGGAGAGAACACAGCCAGAACCAAGCCACCAAAAAAAAGGUCACCAGUCCUAAAAGCAGGCCUUCCAAAAAAGAAUCCAACAGAGGAAAUUCUGUUAACGGAGUGGUGAAGUCGGAGGAGAGAACAUCACCCCGCGUAAGAAAAGCAAAAGCUUCUUAAAGCAUGUGUUUCCAUAACAGAAGUAUACAAAGAUAGUGGAAAAGCAAUGUGCUACCCUAUCUCACCUUAAAAGUUGCCUGCCUCCUGCCCACAAAAGAGCAUUAGCACAAUCGGAAUACAUCAGCAUUGUUGGGUGAAAAUGAAGCAUAUUGCAUGCUUUGGAAUUGUUUUUAUCAAUUACUUAAUGUGUAAUUAAUGCAAGUUCUUCUCGCUAUACUAUUGGUUGCAUAGCAAGCCCCAGUUUUGAGUUAUCAUUUUUUUUAUACCUGUUGAAUCUGGUCAAGUAGUGUGAACAGCAGCCUUUGUUCAUAAUGAUUUGACAUGGUGUUAACAUAGUGUUUACUGCCAAGUAGCUGGUUAGGGCGAGUUAAGCCUUUCUGAUGCCUUUACCAAACACUGUUGCAAUGCCAGGCAAGCAGUGCAGAUGCCAUGUUGCUUAAACUGUUCUGGAUUUGUAUUUAUUAUAUUUAAUUCAUAUGUGAUGCUACUUGUGGUGGGGGUGGGGGGGUUAAAGGAUCAUUUAUGAAGAGUAAGAGAUUCUUUACCUUAAAAAGCCUUAGACAUUGGGCUAUAAAUUAUGCAGGUUAAAGCAUUUCUUCUGGAAACCUUAAAUGCCUAGAAUGGCAGAUUACAAGGGCCAUGAGACAGUGGAUCAUAUACAGUAUAAAAUGUGUAUCCAAGACAAGUAAGCAGUGCCUACAUUGAAAUUUGUAAAAGGAUGUACUCAUCAGGAAUGCAUUGCUUUAAAGUGAGAAUCCGUGUGUAAAUUGUGGAAAUGCUAUACAAACAAAGAGGAGGAUCUAUUUUUUGAGGUUAAACUUAACCAAUGGGCUGGUAUCGAUCAUAAUUCAGGUACCCAGUGGCCUUUAAUACGUCCUGGUAAUUUUACAGUGCUUCUCUUGGGUCAAACAUAACCCAUAAUGAAGAGCAAUGCAGAACAUGAUCCAAACACAAUUCUUAAGUGUCCUUAUAUGAAAAUGUUAAUUAUCUGAACCAAUACUCUCGAUUUCAAAGUUAAGAUUAGGACUGUUAUGUAGCGUCUCGAAUGGUUCAAAACAUUUUUUUUGUCCAUUCUCUUUGGGCUUUUGGAAUGCUCCCUGUGUGUGUGUGUGUGUGUGUGGAUUGUUUUAGAUGCAUGAAACUGUGUGGCUGUGACUCUGCUUUAACAUUUCAAUAGGUUUGUGUCUCUGCUAAAACAAUGCAAGGAAACAUUUAAUCUGUGUUUUGUUGUCUUUUUCUGGACCAUUGUUUAUGUUGAUAGAGGUAUAGCUAACAAAGUUGUUUAUACUUUGAAUUGCCUCUGCAAAGCAGUCAUAUAAAGGAUCAUUUUUCAUGUUGCAAGUGAUGCUAGAAAGGACGUGAUCAACUACAGCAGAAAAUGGGUCCAAGUCUAGCUGCAAAAUCCUUUCCCUUCCCAGUGGUUUAGAUAAUGCUAGCAGCACAGAAAGACAUGUGCUAUUACCUAUGUGCAGUACUCUCACUGUUCAUAAUUUAAAUAAUCUCUCAUUUUUGUGGCAGUCUAUUUAUUCCAGUAUUGGGAUAGGAUGGCCCUUUACCUUGAAAGUAGCAACCACGCCAUCCGACAGUCUAUUACCACAAGUCAUGUGAAUUAUGUGCAUUGGCCAAUACUCGCAUUCAUUCUGUUGCAGCAAUUUCUAAGGAGGGAGGGGAUGUCAGCUUGUGACAGUCCUACAGUUCAUUUCCAGAUUACAAAACAAGCAGCGUGUGCAGUGUUGAAGUGUUCUUAUUAACAAAUGCUUGUGACGUUUGUAACCUCUUUUUUUUUUUUUUUUUUUUUUUUUUUUUUUUUUACUCAAAUUUAAAAAAUAAACUUAAAAUAUUCAACCUCAAUAUAAUUCAUUGACUUUUCCAACUCUGAAAGUAUGUGUUGAAAUGCCUGGAAACUUGGGCGCUCACAACUGCACAUUUCCUAUGGAAAUGAAAGGCAUUAUAGUAACAUGAUUAAUUUCGCAGCCUUUGUAGUGUAACUGCUGAUCUGUUGUGUCAAGCAGUUAACAUAAGUGUCAAAAAGCACAGCUGGCCAGAUAUUUUCAAAAUGCGAGUACCUGUCCCUGGGUACAGGUUUCUCAUGUGUAGUUGCUGAUGUUAGAAUAAAAGGAUCCUGUAUUGACUAUAGUAGUUCCUACCAAGUUCUUCUAAGCUGUAUCAAUGCUGUAGUUGCCAAAGCUUUAGUUAUUGGUCACUGCAAGAGCUAAGCAUUUGAAGUGAGUGGCUAACACAUUUAUCAGGCUUCUUAAAUUAUCAAGCACAGAUUAUAAAGUCAGACAAAAUGUGAACGAAUAAUGAAAUGUAUUAACUUCAACAGGCUAAAAGUUAAACUCAGCCAGAAAGUCUUAAAAGGGGGCAACACGGAAGUAUGUUGCCACAUUUUAUUAAAUGUGGUGUAUUUUAAGAAUGUUGCAAUUCAGAUGGUAGAUUACCAAAUUAUUUUUAAGCACCUUGUUUUGUCUCUUUCUGUUACAUGUUAUAUGAAUUUCGGCUGCACAUCUUUUAUGAUGAUCUUACCACAAGAUUCAUUCCUGCCAAGUUUUUGAUGUACUUCUAGUCACAGGAGUACAGUGCUGGCAAAAAACCAGUUGAGAUGUUUUUAUUGCUACAUUAUGUCAUGCAUUUUAUGGUUUAACAAUAACUUAAGUUAGUUUUAGACCCAGUUGAAACCCUACACAGUUUAAAAAUCCAAUUAAAACAUUUAGUGUAACUUGUGUGCUUUUAAACUGUGUUGUGAUUUAAAGAUUAUUAAUUUUAGUUAAUCAUAUACCGAUAAUAGGUAGCGCAAGCUAGAGUGACAUCUCGGAUGGCAUCAACGCAUACCAGAAGAGUACCAUCCAGUGGUAGUUUGUGUCAUUUCAACAGAAAUACUAUGCAAUAUUAUUCCUCUGGUUCUUUGACAAAAUGUUCAACAUAUGAUUCUGUGAUGCUCUACUGUACUUCAAAAAAUGCUUGCAAAAAAACCCAAAAACUUGGCACCAUUGUCAUUAAUUAACACUGCAUUAAUAAGGCCCACAAACAUCAUGACCCCCCUGUACUUGGAUUUGUGGAAGGCACAUGACAUUGAAAUCGUAAAUCGAGAAUAUACAUUUACCUGACCAGUUUUGAUAUAAGAACAAACAAUAUAACAAAGAAACAGGAUGAAAGUGAAAGUUACCACAAUGGAUUUUUGAUCAGUCUUAGGAUGCUUCGCAGGUAUCUGAGCGACAUGCAUUUGAAAUAUCCUGUACUGUGCUUUACUGGAUAAGUUAUUAUAGGUAUUGUAAUUAAGUUAAAUAUUAUUGAACUGCACUUCUGGAUAAAACAAUACCUAAUUGUAUAUAUCAUUUCAUUAAUUAUGCAUUUUCCUAAUCGGAAUGUGCUGCACAGGUACUGAUGAGUUGCAACAAUACACACAGUUAUUAUGUUCAUGGCCAUUGUAAUGUUUAGAUUUUUUUUUUAUACAGUUGACGAAGGUAGGGUCAUGUAGAAUUAGCACAAUCCUGUUUAUCAUCUCAAUUGCAUACUUAGACAAAACACUUUCAGAUGGAGGAGUAUUCUACCAAAGGCACCACAGUUCUGUUUUGUUUGAACUAUGUGCACUGAUUUCAUUUUAUUUAUUUAUUUAUUUGCCGUUCAUGUGAUAUUUUAUAAAACUAGUACUGUGUUUGAGUUGCUUGCUUGAAUGUGGAAAGUAUUGCUUUUUGUAAAAGUGCUGACACUGACAUAUUCUGAAGAUGUUUGUAUGUAUUUAUGCAAGUCUUUGUGUGAUUUUUAGUUAAAAUAAACCUUUGUUGAAUAACCAAAAGUGUGGUAUUGCAAAUUUAAUCGGUGGUUUAAAAUGCAAUUUCCUGCAUUUUGUUAGAAUCUGUAUAAUUGUCACAUAUUCUGUUUUCGUUUUGCAAUGAUUGGGGGGGGGAUUCUUUGAAACAUUUCAAAAGAUGCAACACAUAGUUGUUUGAGCUGGUUUCCAGUAAGACCAUUUAAAACAGGGAAGUUGCAUGUUGGCUUAAUCAUGCCUCAUUAUCCUAAGUGCCUAUUCUCCUCAUCUGCUAUCAAGUGAAAAAUAAAUAAAGCUUCAGUAUUGGCUCAGUGUCACACAUGCCUGGUUAAACAAAGAGAAGCUCAGCAGGGGGAGCAAUUGUGCGAUUUAUUUGAGAAUUGUAA